GCAAGGUAUUAGUAUCCGCUGGGCUCUGCAGGUCACGUGUUGAAGCCGCUGGAUGACGUCACGGCCUGGCAGCAAUGGGUAAGGAGCAGGGAGCUAAGAGAGGGUCAGUUUCAGGGGCCACAACCUGCACCCGGCUUGUGGGACCCGGGAGAGCUCCCCCCAAUACAGGGCAGGACAAUAUAGGCUGCUGUGUAAUAUACAGGCCUGGGGCAUCAAGGGAGUUGUAGUUCUGUAAAACCCGGGGCAUAAUGGGAGUUGUAGUUCUGUAAAACCUGGAGCAUUAUGGGAGUUGUAGUUCUGUAAAACCUGGAGCUCUGCCUGCCUGUCUGUGUUAUUAUUAGUAUUAUUUUUAUUCUAUACUGAGAGCUAACUCUAUCACUGCCAUGCAAGGGGACUGCAAUCCAGCAGCUCAGACUGCCUGCACACUGAGCAUCAUGGGAAAUGCAGUUCUUAAACUAUUGGAGUGCAUUAUAUAACAGGGAACCUCAGGAACUAGGAAAAAUGUAUUUACCUGCCAUUAAAAACAGUGGGGGCUUGUUUGAACACAUUUUAGCAUUUUAUAAAAGUGAUAGUACAUUCCCAUUGGUGUCAGUGUAAAGCUGGUUGGCGCUUUAUAGAUGAUGAUGAUAAUAAUAAUGCUGUUUAGGGUAAGAGGUUGGUUUGAUAGAUUUGCUAUGUUUUCUUUGGACACACACCGGGUUAUUCACCAAGGUGUGCGUUAUCUCAAAUUCACCGUGUAUUCAAUUCUUGGACCCAAGUAGUCAAAUUGGGAAUAAAUUCUCAUGUUGGUGACUGCUUUCAUUUUGGUUUAAAUUCAGUGUAAAUUUUCAGCAAGUCACACUUUACCGUGUUCUUCCCUAAACUAUGAACUGGAACAAAUUUAAAAUGUAAAAUUCAGGCUAAAAUGGCCAAACUGUUACAGUCAAUGGUUGCACAUAAGUUGUGUUUGCGUAACUUUUUUUAAAAUGAAAAUUCUUUUUUAUAUAUAUAUAUAUAUAUAUAUAUAUAUAUAUAUAUAUAUAUUGUGAUGGUAACCCUAGUUAUCGGCGUACUUUGUAAUAUAGCUCCAUUCACGGGACAAGGAGCUACAAGCUGUAUUUUAGUACAACACCAGUACGCUGCAGUGUUUAUUGUUCAAAAUAAUCCAAAACCGUUUGGUAACAGUUUGACUUCAUACCUUAGCCGCCAGGGCCCUCCUGACACUACAACCUCUAUAGUGAGCAAUAGUAGUUUUGGUGCUGGGGAGGUUCCUUCAAGUCUUUAUUUUAUAUUUAUUUCAGAAAAAUGCCUUACUGCACAAAUUACAUUAUCAACCUGUAAUUAAUAAUACAAAAGCCAUAGAAUAGUUUGCCAAGUAUAAUUUUUAAUUCCUUCCAAAUAGUGUUUAUGAAUCAUAUUUGCUUACAUGCAUGACCCAUUCAACAUUGUUUGUUUUCUGAUGUAUAAAAUAUGAUGUUAUUUUUACUAUCUGAUGUUUUAAAGAACUCAUUUAUGAUUCCCACGUGGUAGUUGGUCAGAUAUUUCUGUGAAGGACAGUAUUCUUUUUUUGACUUCUUCUCCGCUUUUUACUUUUCAAUGAAAUACACAGUAUGUCUUAACGGCCUUGCCUGUAACAAUUCAAAUUAAAUGUGUUGGUUAAUUUGUACAAAUAACUUGUCUCCAUCUGUUGAAGGUCCAUUAUCCUGUAACAUCAUUUGUUGUUUUAUUAUGUAUCUGUAACUAAGAAUAAACCUGAAGAAACCGUAAGUCAGAUUGCUAAUUAGUACUUUUUCAAUAAUAUAGACAUAUAUUAUUGUGGCGAGUAUUUGGCCCAAGACUAGAUAUACAAAAGACGUUUGUGUGUGUGUGUGUGUGUGUGUGUAUGUAUGUGUAUAUGUAUAUGUGUAUAUAUAUAUAUAUAUAUAUAUAUAUAUAUAUAUAUAUAUAUAUAUAUAUAUAUAUAAUCUCUAUCUCCCAGAAGAAAUUAAGAAGAUUUAACAGUGACGAUCGAUUACAACCAGAUUUUACACCAUCUCAUUUGCGUACAACCAAGACUGGAAACAUUAAAAUUAAAGGUUCUUAAAGACUUAAAUUCUGCAAUUAUUAGUGUAAUCUUAAAGGGACACUGUAGGCACCCAGACCACUUCAGCUAAUUGAAGUGGUCUGGGUGCAGUGUCCCUUUUGCACUUAGUGCUUCAAUGUAAAACAUUACAGUUCCAGAGAAACAGUGACAGUCCACUAGAGCACUUCCUGAAGCGAAAUCGACUUUUGGUCAGCUCUGCAUGAGGACACCCACAUCAGAUUUUUUAUUUUUAUUCCCCCCCCAUACGAAAGCAUUGAUUCAUUGCUUUCCUAUGGGGAGGUCUAAUGCGCGCGUGGCAUUAGUAGCCUCUCGUCUAUGUGACUUACUAAUAAUGACUAAGCCGUAAGUUAGAGUGCCUGAUCUGACCUCUCCUCCCCCCACUGACGUCAGCUCCCGAGUGGAGAGGAAUGCCGCGCACGCAUGCAAACUGUCUAUAGGAAAGCAUUUCUUAAUGCUUUCCUAUAAACUCUCUGCACGCUAGAUGCGAAUUUCGUAUCCUCUGUCAGGAAGACAGCCACUAGAGGUUGGAUUAACCCCGCUAUGUAAACAUAGCGGUUUCUCUGAAACUGCUAUGUUUACAUGUGAAGGGUUAAAACCUGAGGGACAUUGCACCCAGACCACUUCAUUGAGCUGAAGUGGUCUGGGUGACUAUAAUGUCCCUUUAACGGAUGGAAAAAAGUGGCAAACCUGAAGGAUCCUAUUCUUAUUUCUUACAAACCCAAACCCACUCCUUUCUGGUAUAUAUAUAUUUUUUUUUUUUUAUGUAUAUUUUUGCAGUAAUUUGCACCCCCCCUCACCCCUCCCCCUUUAUACAGGUACCUGCUAGUGGCUGGUUUGACCAGUAAUGUAUUUGUUUGCUGUUGUAUUUCUGAUUUGUAUGGCAAACCUAUCUGCUGUGACCUGGGGUUUUUCACGAUAACCAGCACACAGUGCCUUUUUUUGGUUAGGGGUACGAGGGGGAGAAUAAAUCCUUUGCCAUUACUUUCAGUCUAUUUAUUUGUAUAUUUCAAGGAGCUAGGUGUGUGUGUAUUUUUUUUUUUUUGAAAGCCAGGGUUGAGGUCUCUAAUGCUAACUAUGUGUUAUCUUCACAUGUUAGUUCUUACCUCAGAAAGCCUUAUAGAGAACCUUUUUUAUUCCACGAUUUUCAUCUCUUCCUGGUCUCAACCCUAGCCCUAAGGAGCCUAGCUGUAGCAGACGUCCAUAUAGACUGUCCUCGAAGCCUCCUUUUCCACAGGAUCUUCCUGACAUUAGUCCUUUACUUAAUAGGCCAGGCUGAUGGAGAUGUUUUGAGAGACUGUCCAGAAAUCCUCCUCCUCCCCAGUAUCCUCUUGACAUCAGCCCUUGACCUAAAGAAGCAAACUGCGGCAAGCGUCUUGAGAACUUGUCCUGGAACUCUCCUUGUAAACCAUCUUUAUUUCCCUUGUAUCCACCUGACAUCAACCUCUGCAACAGGUAUCCAGGCUGUUGCAGAGACCCAGACAGGCUGUCCUGGAACCCUCUGUUUCCCCAGUACCUACUUGACAUUAGUCCUUGGCCUAAUAUGUCAAGCUGUGGUUGAUGUCUUGGGAGCCUGUCCUGCAACCCUCCUUGUAAACCAUCUCCUCCUCCCCAGUAUCUACCUGACAUCAAGCUCUGCAAUAGGGAUCCAGGUUGUUGAAGAGACCUAGAAAGGAUGUUCUCGAACAAUUUAUUUACCAAGUAUCCUACUGAUGUCAGUCUUUGACUCAAUGGAUCCAAUUGUGGCAGAUGACUUUGGAGCUUUUCAUGAAUCCCUUGUUGUAAAUCACCUUCUUUUCCCCAGUAUCCUCCUGCCAUCGAUCCUAGCCCUAAGGAGCUAAGGAGUCGUUGAUAUUUUAAGAGCUUGUCCCAGAACUCUCGUUGGUAACCAUCUCCUUCUACCCGGUAUCUUCCUGACAUUGGUCCUUGGCCUAAUGUGUCAAACUCUGAUAGAUAUUUUGGAAGUUUGUCCUGGAGCCCUAGAUGUAGAUCACUUCCUCCCCAGUAUCCUCCUAACAUCGGGCUUAACCCUAAGGAGCUGAGCAGUCGUUGACGUCUUAAGAUCCUGUCCAAGAACUCUUGUUGGUAACCAUCUCCUUCGUCCCAGUAUCUUCCUGACACUUGUCCUUGACCUAAUGGGUCAAACUGUGACUGAUGUCUUGAGAGUCUGUCCUGGAUCCCUCCUUGGUAACCAUCUCCUUCUCCCCAGUAACCACCUGAAACCAGUCCUUGACCUAAUGGAUGAGAAUGUUGCAAAUAUUUUAAGAGUGUGUCCCAGUACCAUCCUUGUAAACCACCUCCGAGUUUUCCUGACAUUAGUCCUUGAUCCAAGGAGGCGCGUAAAUUUCCUUGUGCUAAUGCAGGGCACCUACAAUCUUGCCCGCAUAAACAUAACCUUUGACCUUGACGUUCAAAUCCUUCUAUGCUCCCUAAAAAAAAGAAAUUACAUCAGAAUAAAUUAUUUUUAAUUGUGGUGAAGUGAAAAACGAAUUGAACAAUUUAGACUAAACAUCCAGCCAUUUCAGCAAGUUUUGCAUGUAUUGUGCAGUUUGUUUUUCAAUUCAGUGAUUUGAAUUGGUCAUGGUGCCAAGAAAUGCUGCACAAAGAACAUUAAAGAAUUAUGCUGCUUAAGGUGUAACUCUCUCGACAAGAGUUGGGCUUGCUAAAGUGAAUUCCUUGCAUAAAAGGCUGUCAUCAGCACACUUAACAUACUGGUGGCAGCUCAGGCCAGCCAUGGGACGUCUCUGCCCCACCAACAAUGGGCACUGGCAUCACUGAAGGGGUAUCUGGCAGCAUGGUGGAAUGGCCCUUUCCUGCCUUUCUGCCACAAUAUUUUAUUAAAACACAGUUUUUGUUGGAGUAACUCUAUAAAGUGUUUAAAAAAAAAAAAAAAACUAGCUCUACUGUGUGAAUCGCUGCCAGGGGAGGAGUGGCUAGGGCUGCAAUGGUCAAAAAUGAUUUAACUCCUAAAUGGCAUAGCAUUGCACAGCGAGACUACAGAGGCAUGAUACACCAAAACCAUUUCAUUAAGCUAAAGUUGUUUGGAUGCUCAGAGUCCCCUUUUAAGAUCUUUGAGUAAUCUAUGUUGUAGAUGUAGAAGAUAUUGAUCAGUCUUGCAAGGGCACAAAAACAUUCCCCUUUUUGUAUAUCAGUCUUCAGAGGAUGUGCAUUUGAGCACAUAUAACUGCAUUGUAAGUUCUGCUUAUUGCUUGGUACAACAUACAUCUUCUAUUAACUAUCUUGAACCAGCUGUAAUUUGAUCAUUGGAAGAAAAUGCAUUCACAAAAAAAAGUAUAUAAAUGUACCUCCAGGUUUAUGGCAUAAAUUAUGAGGGGGAUGAAUUACUUUUUUCUAAUAUUCUUGGACAAAACAGAAGAGCAUAGAUAAUUCCAAAUUAUUGCCGAUUCCUUCGAAAUAUAAUACUUUGUGAUAAGUUGCAAGUCUAUAAUGGACCUCUAUGAAUCCUUCUAUCAGAAGACCCUCCCCCCCAUGUGUCCAUAUUACAGAUGUGUUGUUUAUUUUGUACCAACCUUGUGCAUCGUUGCUCGACCUGUCCAACACACGAGAUAGGUGACCACUAACGUUAGCUGUCAGGACCAACGACAGCAGAUAUAUGUAUAGAGAGACCUUCAUUGUUGUUCGAUCACAGGAAGAUUGCUGCAAUGAGAAAACACUUACAAAGGCUCUGCAGUCAAAUCUAGAGGUCUAAUAAUCCAUAGCAUCUACACCAGGGAUAGGCAACAAUUCUUUUCAAAAGGUAUGAGAUUUCUGCAACUUGCACAGCGUACAUUUAUGUCCAAAAAUAUUGUUGGUCAAGUUGCAUAAACCUCAAACCUUUUAAAAAAAAAAAAAAAAAUUGUUAAUGGCAUAUUUCAAUAACAUUAACUGGAACAGCAACGUGGUCAUCUGCCUGGAAUAAAGGGGCCACGAGACUGGGAAUGGGGUUAAAAGCACUUUAACAAAGUUUUGUUGACUUUUUAGGAUGAAUACAAUUUAUCUUUUAUACAAAAACUUUUGAAUAAAGUAGAAUUUUUUUAAUUUUUUUUUUUUUUUUUUGUCUAUGUAGUUCUUUUGAAAGUUUGAUAUAUUUUGCAUAUUUUGGGGUUGGAAAAGCUUGAGUAGAUAAGAUGAACAGAUGACCCUCAAAUGAGCCCCAAUAUGACCCCUCUCGGCCAAUGAAUGAGUGUCUGUAUGUACAUCAGUAUUUGCACAGAAUUCUAAAUUCAAAGUCAGCCCGUAAUGCUACCUUCGGAGAGCCUGAUGAUGCCCAUUACUCUGCCGGAGGUGGAACUAUGCCUCCAUUAGCAGACGGAUUAAGCUCGGUAUGUACAGAUUUUCACAGCGAAACACUGCACAUACAGACUCCAGGCACCAUGACCACUGCAGUGGUCAUAGUGAUUGGAGUAACAUUUUGACCAACCUGUGAAAAAUGCCUCCAUUGCUCAAUUCAGUCAAGGUAAUAAAUAGGUUUAUUUUAAACAGAAAUAGGAAAAAUUACCUGUCUUUGUCGUCGUUCUAUUAUUUCUAUAGUUGGUACAGAAGUAUUGUUUGCACUCACCGUGUCUGCAUAUGAUGUGAGUAUGGUGACUAGCUUAUGAAGAGUUUUAUAGCUGUGGUGAAAGGAGUGUUAGACUCUUGAGUUUUCUUUUUUUAAUUGUGGCCGUGACCUUUUCAUGUGUGGUUUUUGGUUUUUUUUUCUUUUCUUUUCCUUGCCAAAGUCAAGGUAUCCAUAAGGUAUUGAGUGAAGCAUUAACCACUUCUUAAAGCUAUUUUUUUUUUAUCAUGUGUAGAUUAUUUUUUUAUUUUUUUUAAUUCCUUAUUUUGUUUGUGCAGAGGUUUAACAGGUGGAUUUGCACUGCCACAAUAGCUGAUGCAACCAAGUUGGUAUUCACACUUAAUCAUAUGGCAUUGAAGACAUUGCACUUUUUUUAACGUAGUUAUGUAAACAGGAUAAUAUCUUAAGCUUAGAAAAACAAAGGAGAACAGUAGCUUGGUUUACAGAUGUUUCACCCAGUAGUCACAUUAAGAUUAGCGGUCAGGCUAGUACAUUGCAUUACAAAACAUGGCUAACCACUCCAAUAUCUUUGUCUGAUUGUACAGUGUUAUGCCUUCAAUACAGUAUGUCUGGUCUAUGCUAUUAUAUUUAAUUGUGUCACGCUGGGUGAAAGAAAAGUAAACAAGAGGGGCUGUCUGAAUCAAGAUUAAACUGAUAUUAUGCUGAAAACAGGAGUCCACCGCUUGUUGAGUGAGACUUGUAAAUGCCUCCUUGAGUUCUUGCCCUUUCAUCCGAUUCCAGAUUUACUGGGAGCUUGCUAGGUUGUUGGGUGUAUAUUCCCAGUGGAAAGGCAUGUGUUGCGUAGGUGUUCAGGCAGUUCAUCCGCGUAGCUGGUGCUAUUUUGUGGAGGUAGACUGUUCAAAGUCCCCAGUCUCUGCACCCUAGCUGGGCCCCAGUUGGCUGCAGGUUUUUACCUUCAGGGUGUUGGGCCUUGGGUGCUUAGUUGUACCUCGGCUCCAGGGCCUCUGCCUUGCAGGUAGUGGGGUUCUCCGGUGCCUCAGUUUUCUUUGCGUCAGGGGGGGCGAGGUGGUUUGAGGUGUGCAAGUCACUGAUAUCAGUGCCUCCGAGGUGUGUACAUGCUUUUGUCUCACUUUUAUUUUCGCCCAGAAUUUAGCAAGUAUUUCAUCCAGGUUACUCAGGGUUGAGGCAAAGAGGGUGUUGGCUGUGGGAGCCACGUGGGACUCUCGCAUGCAGUAGCUUUUUGCCGCUAUGACGGAGCGGUGUUUGGUCUCCUGGGACCGGGAACACCCCCCCCCCCCCAGUCCAGAGAGAGGGAAGCGGGGGAGUGCUGUGAGGUGCAAGAUGUGGUGUCUGGAGAGCAGCCAUCCCUGCGACGCCAGCCAGGCUUGUGGGCCUCAAGAGGCCGGGUCCAGUGCACCAGGUCAGGACAGCAUCGAGAUUGGUAACGUUCGGGUCUCCAGAGUCCCAUAAGUGCUCCCAAGCUGGUUUUGAGGUGGUAUGGCUGAGGUAGCAUGUGGGAGAAGGCUUAGUUUGCCUUUAUUUUGUUUUACAGCAGUGUCAUCAUAUUCAGCAACAACAUAACUACAAUCACCCUUUAAAUAUUUUUUUUUUUCUCACAUUUCCGUUGUUGAACUGCAUCUGCUGCAGAACGCAUCAGAAUGCAUAUUGCACAGAAUUCCAUUAUCAACCCUCUGUCAAGUCACCAGCAAUCUCCCUCUAGUCUAGAGUCUAGACCAGGGAGAGGCAACCUUCGGCACUCCAGAUGUUGUGGACUACAUCUCUCAUAAUGCUCUUACACCCUGCUAAUGCUAGCAAAGCAUCAUGUGAGGUGUAGUCCAAAACAUCUGGAGUGCCGAAGAUUGCCUAUGCCUGGUCUAGACUGUAAGCUGUCCAACCUGGGCUCCCUAUAUCUUCUGUUUCAUUAUGUAUCAAUGCAAAUACUUAGUGUGAUGUUUCACUGUAUGUGUCUACGUGUAUGCAAUAUUUGUGUUUUUUGUAGAGUCAUGUGGAAUUGUGUGUUUUAUAUACACGUUCCAUAGUUUACUAAGAGGUGUAUGUCCACAAAAGAUGAAUUUUCAGUCCUUUUUAAUUAAACGUUUCUUUAGACCUGGCUAAACUGGUAGGAGCUGCCUUAUUACUGUGUAUUGAACACUAACACUUACUGCCAGUGGCUUACACUCUUCAAUGAAUGUUUGCCAAUUCUCCUAGCAUUGUGUCCAUCCAUAGUGUGAAGUAUAAAAGUCCCAUUGUGUUUUCAUUAAUUUUCUUGUGGUUUAGAGCAAGGCAAGAAGGAUUCGAGUGAUGCGUCCCCUGACCCUUCCCUUGAUUACUUGAACCGCAAUCCGUCGCCACCGCCCAGUGAUGAUGAAACUCCCACUGCAGACUCCAUUGGGACCACAGUGUUCAGCAAGCACUGGCUGUUUAGUACCCUAACUAAACUCGUCAAGGUAGAGGGGAACAUCAUAUCUGUAUGGGUGUUUACAGAAUAUGUCUUGGGAUACAACCUUAUUGUAGAUCUUGGUUUUUCUUUCUUUCAAAAUCUGACUCUGUUUUAUCUGUUUAUACGAUGCAUCUUUUUUUCAAAGUUAUUUACAUUUUCCAGAAAAUUUAGGAGCCAGGUAGGAAGCAGGUAACAUGUUCAUUAUGGUCGCCUGUGCAGCCCUGAUCUCCAGUCUAUUUGACCAACCUCACGGUCAUGUGAAGUAAUCCACUCUCAUAGAUGCAAGAAAAUCCCUCAUAUUCACCAACAACUCCAUAAACAUACAGUUAGACCUUCGCUCACACACAUAUAUGCACAUAUAUUAAAGAGACACCAGACACCAUAACCAUUUCACUGUCGGAGUGGUUAUGAUGCUAGAAUACGUUCCCUGCAGAGACGGCUUUCUCUACUCCCUUCCACUCACAAGCAAUGUAUUCUGACAUUUCCCCAUGACACUGUUAGGGUGUCAUGAGGACUCGUGUUAGGGGAACAGGGAUUGUUGUAUUUGCUUUAGAUAAUCCGAGACAAUCCACUUACAUCACAGAUACUGCUGCUGUCUUAAAUUAAUUGGUCUGUGUAUCCGGGGAGCCAGUCAGUGGAGAUCAUUCCAUUUGCUCUGAAUGACAGAAAUACCAUUUUUUAGGAAGUAAAGCCCAUUUUUUGUGUUGCAAUGUCUACCUGGUACUGUGGAUUUGUUAGACUAUGUGUACUUUACAUUUUACAAGAUGUAUUUUCAAGGCGGUUUAAACCUUGAUCAUCAUGUUAACAUAUUUAAGCCCUUCUUUUCAAUUCUGAACCCAUCACUGAUGUUCCAGAGCAGGUCAACCAGAUAACAUGCUAUUAGGAAGUGAAGCCCAUAACUUUAAAUAGCCUCUGAAGUUACUCAACUUUAAAUAAAAAAAUAGGACACCAAAACAUAUAGCCAGUUUUUCAGGCAUAUUAUCAAUUAUCAAUCUGUGUAGUCCUCACUUAGCUCACUUGCCAUCUGUUUGGUCCAUGUUUUGACUACCUUUAGACUUGAUGAACGCCUACCUUAAUGCAACAAUACAUUUAAGAGAACACCGUACAUGCUAAAAUCGAAUAGUUUGUUCUAAAGUUAUCUCACAUGCAGGUCUGAAUGGAAUUUUACUUCACUUGUGCAAUUACAGAAGGCAUAUAUGUUACCAGACUUAUGCCACCACAAGGAUAGCCUAGAACUCUGGAACCUAUGUGCCGGGCAUAUCUCUGCUAGACCUACGGCUCCAGACACUCUGACGUGAUAUUUCUUUGAGUACAUUGCGAACACCCACUUUCUUCUAGUUUGUAGAAAGUGAUCAGAAAACCAAGAAUGAAGAAGGAGAGGAUGUGCCGGUAGAGCUGGAUGAAGAGUUGGAAGAUGAAGUUUGCAAACUGUGGGACAUGUCUAUGAAUGAGGUAAGGUGUGAUUCGGAAUGACCAGUGACUGUUCUACAUUAAAAUGUAAAUUGUGUUUGCAGCUUUGAACCCUGGAGAAACCUACAUCUAUAAUCUAUUGUUAUGAUAAUCUCACAACUGACGGUGCUACUUUAAGCAUUGUAAGUCCACCCCCUCCAAUUUAGACUCUAUCAAUACCUACAGCCUCCAUAGCACGCCAGUAACCAACCUCAUGCUGAUGAGUUGCAUUAACAAUGAAACAGAUGUCCAUCAGUGGUUCACUGGCUUUGCUCCUCUUCAUGAGUUGUGUUUCAAAGCUGUUGUAUACAGCAGACACAUACUCCAAGGAAGCCAUGUAUAAAGUGCAAUUAUGAGGCAAAAAUGUGGCUCUUUGUUGAUCUCAUUUGCAUAUGCCUACCCAGAAUCCCUUGCAGCAGUGAGAGCACUGUUAAAGUGAGAUUUCUGUGGGCAAAGCAGGUCUUUUGGCUUAACUGGUGUGUGUAUUUGUGUUUAGCAAUGUUUUAACUAAAUACCUAAGCAGCAUUUGUCUGCAGUCUGAGAUGUUUCUCUCAAAGUAGAGCCAGCAAGUGAUAACUCAGAAUCCUUUCUUUUGUAGUCUCUUUAGAAUGUAUGCAUUCAGCUCUCUCUAUCUAUUUGGUAUAAUCCCCUUUUGUAUAAAGGUCAUAUAUUUCUGAUCCAUAAAAUAAUUGUUUUUGGCCAAGGUUUGUGAAGUUCUGAUAACACAAAGAUAUGGUAUCUUUCAGAGAGGAUUAACCUUUUCCAUGUCUAAAGCCUUUGUAUCGUUAGUGUGCCAAAAUCUGCACACAGUAAAUAAAUUAAAUUAUUAAAAGCAAUUUUCUCAUUUUUCCAAUGUAAAGUGUCACGGAAUCGGAGACCCUCCAAAACCCCACUAUAUGACAUAAUUCAAAAUACUGUCAUGAUGGAAAGACUCCCUGCUUUCGUUCAAAAUCUUACAAAUUUUUUCCAGAAAAGUUGGAAUCACAGUCUGGUUAAAUAGCUCCUUCAGUUGUUUGCACCUCUUUCCUGUUGCUAUUUCUCUCCUUAUUUUCUUGUAGUUUAUCUCUAUAGUCUUUCUCCACCUCUAAUUGUAUAAAAUAUUUAUCUUUUUCCUUCCUCAUUUCUGUGUUCCGUGGGUAACCAAGCACCUUGCACUACUAUUAGACCCCUUCACUGGUAGUUAAAUGUCCAUUUUUACUUUUGUGAUUUGUGCCUGUGAGCAGGCACCUUUUGGCACCAAACGCGUUAGAAGGCUUUUUGGUCCUUUCCUGACCCCUUAACGUUCCUCCGAGCCCCGCAUAGCCGGGCAUACAGCGUAUGUAUGUAAUAUAUUGAACCCUCUUUCCUGACAGACUGAUACAUAACAGAAUGUGUAUGUUUUCUGUUUGUAAUCUUUUGUAGGAAGUGGCUCUAUUUCUCAAGGAGUUUGAGGGGCCUGAACUUCUUGUUGGGAUUAUUAAGAAGUCCAAAAGUAAACGGCUCACAGUAAGUGAAAGUUUAUGUACUUUUUACUUUAUUUUUGAAAUUGAUCUCUUAUAAUUAUCAUUUCUGACUGUCUUUGUUCUUGAUUUUUAAGGAAAUUUGUAUGGGUAUUUUGGCAAACAUGAGCUGCUUUAAAGAGACGCGCGAGUGUAUGACUGAGAAUGACGGCUUGGGGUAAUCAUUAUUUUUAUUUGUAUCUUAAUCUUAUUGUGUAAUAGUCCUUGUUUUUUUAAAUCCAUAUACUGGUAUAGACCAUAAUUUUUCAUAUUGAUCCAAUUGCCUAAUUGCAUUAUUCCACAAUUUUUAAAUCCAGAUUUUUUCAAAACUUAAUGUGAAAUACUGCUGGCAAUAUAAGCUGUAAGCAGACACCAUUUUGAAAUGUAACAACAUAAAUCAGGACCUGUACCUUUCUGCUUUUUGUGCCAAUAAAUAGUUUGGCUCUGAAAGAAUCAAUGGGCAGUUUUAGAAUGACGCUCUUUCACGUAACCAUUUCCCUCAUCAGCAUGAUGCUGGCUUUGAUUUAAUAACAUUUCUCUGACUCUCUCAGGCUAAGCAAUCUUAAAAGAAACCUUGCUGAAGAGCCCACCAUAGGGUGAGGGUUUUUUUAAAAACAUUUUUAUUAUUUUUAAUUCUAAAACGUGUGUACAUGCAGCAUUUUGAACGUAAACUUGUUAACUGAGAAGUCUUGGGGUACAAAGUUCAGUUUAGCUGUACUCCUAAAAUUUGAUGUCAAAAACAAUAACGUCAAACCUGCGAGGAACCAUUUUAUUGAAGGAAUAUCAAGGAUGCUGAACCAGUUUAAAAAAAAAAUGAAUCUAAUAUUCUGUGUUUUUCAGAGAAUUGGUGCUUCUACUACUGGCUGAUCCAGACCCUCCGACAUUAAUCGAAACUAGCAGGUGUUGUUAUUGUAUAGUGCUAAGAUUACGUGCUGACAUAUUGUAUAGUGCUGGGACAACGUGUUGACAUUCAAAAUUAAUUAUGAUAUGGAAUAUGUAAUUCAACACUCACUUUUAAUGUAGCUUCUUUCAUGGCUUUGUUUGCUUUUUGUUGCUUGUGCACUGCUGCUGUACAGACCUUUUCUUUUACAAAUAAAAAAGCAAGUCCGUAAAAGUUACUUUGGACUUGUACCGCCAGGACAGAUGUUGAGUAAUUAGCAGAUUGUCAACACUACAGUAAUGAAUUGCUCCUUUAAAGGGACAUAUGUUGAAAAAGUUUUAUGCCUUUAUAGAUAAUGCAUUAAAAAUGCAAAAAUAAACCUCCACUAAGUCAUAAGUAGUAAAAAAAAAAAAAUUUAAAAUAAAAAGUACUGUCAAGGUUUGUGAAGCUAAUGCAUUUAUGUAGGCAAGAUGCAGCUGGUGAUGGCUCCUCCCACACCAGGAAAAGAUUCCACCAAUCAGGAUGACACAUGGAACUAAUGGCCGCUAUAUCACAGCUACAUUUGCGAUGUUGUUGUAAAUUGGGCUGGCAAAGGGCACUAUUAUAGCUACAGCUAGUUUUAAAUCCCUGUGUUCAGAGUCGCAGAGAUAGCAGACCUCUUUGUGUGCAAUGGGCACAGACUAUUAUGACCGUAAACCUGUGGCGUUUUCAACAGUGCUCACUUGUCGUGUGAAUUUUUAUAGUUCAGUUUAAUUGUUCUGAAAAUAUAUUGAUAGUAGCUGAAACAUAAUGAACACACAGUAUGCUCUAAUUAUGACCAAGGAACUUGAUCUCCAUUUCAGGUUUUUACUGACUUGUUUAUCGCACAGCGAUGUAGCAAAUACUUGGCUGGAGAGAUUAAACGAGGAACUCUGGGUCCGAAAAAACAUCUAUUUCAUUAUGAGCAGCUCCACCAAUGGUACGCACUGCUUUAUUUCUUCUUUCUAUCCCAAUCUACUUGUCCUUUCUUCCAUCUGAACCCAUCCUUGCUAUCUUUAGUUCAGUUUGGUAAAGAAUCUUAAUACAUUGCAGUCCUUCAUCCAUGGUUGAAAAAAUGAGUUGCGUAAUAACAUCUACACCCCAGAAUGUUCUUGGAUACUAUUAUAAUCCAAACUAUGACCCAGAAACACAGCCAUUGGGCAUUGAAGGAUGGGGAGAUACUAGGAAGGGUAGGGAAUAACAGGAGGUAGACCCUCCAGGUUAAACCUAGGGGAUCUACCUUUUUCAAUUAUUUGAAACCCCUAGUAACAUACUAUUCUAGCCAAAUACUCGCAAUAUCUCUUUUUAAUGUACAUUUGUUUUAUAUUGUAUUAAUAUUUUUAGUUACCAAGGGUGUUAUUGCAAUAAUUAUAGCUCUACAAGCUAAUCUUCCAAACACAAAGCAGCCAUAAUUCGUAAAGAAAUGUUUAUUUUUUGCUUGUAAAAUCAGAAGGGUAACCUCUGGUGUCCUCCUCUCUCAGUUGAUCUCCUGGUUAAAGUUGGUGAGCUGGUGGAGAAGUUGUUUGAUUUGGAUUCGGGAAUGGUUUUCGAGUGGGUGGAAGCCGAUUCUGAAGAUUCCGUUAAAGAUGAUGAGAAUUCAGAGGAAGAAAAUCCACCAGCUCUGCAACUUGUACCCUCUGUGUUGGAAGCAGCAAAACAGCUCAGGUGACUUGACCAAGGAGUAAAAAAUAAUAAACAUAAAUAUUUAUUGGUCCCUCUUGGGGAAAGAAAAGAACAACCAAAAACCCUUAGAACUGAAGUUCUAAGCCCCAAUUACAGCGCUCCCUCCAAUUCUCCAAAGUUGAGCACAAUAGUGCCUUACUGUAAACGAGACUCUUGACAAAGGCGCACUUUUGCGCCGAAACGCGCGUUGAGCAUAACUGUGUACACUAUGUACUUUACCUAGGACAUCCGUUUUUAUAACUAUUUGAUAUUGAGUUUAGGGGUUUUUGGUUGUUCUUUUCUUUCCCCAAGAGGGACCAAUAAAGAUUUAUGUUUAUUAUUUUUUAGUUCUAUUUAUGCUCCAUGACUAGCAACUCUUUGCUCUAUACUAGUGGAGCAGCUAUAUUUAGGGUAUAGAGACUGUAUUUGGGAGCACUUGUUAACCCAUUCCAGCCUCUUCUUUAUUUGCUAUUAUUUUGGGUUAUGUCCUAAUACCCUUCAACCAUCACAUCCUCGGUGGGUGAUUCUUAUCACUCACUGCGGCUGUAUAGUCUGAACCAAGGAGUAACUGAAUUAAAAGGUGCCUCUGUCAGUUCCUAUUAAUUGCUAACAAUAUGCCUGUACUCUGUUUCUGACACUUUGCAUUUGUGUCAUUUACUGUGUGAUAUACAUUUUGCAUCUCUGGCAAAUCUCCACAACAGAAAAGCAGCAUGGUAAGGGAAAUGCAUGAAUGACUGACUUACUGGGUCAGCCAGGAGCCAGUGUAAGUGAGAGACUCCUUAUUUUUGAAUGUAGGUAUCUACAACUACAACAUUAGGACUCACUCUCUUGUUAAAAUUACAGGUGGAUUGCUUUUUGUCCUGAGUCAUGCACAUCGCUUGCAAUUUGGAAGCUGACUUCUAGAUAAAGGGAAUCAAAAAUGCUUAAAGUAUUUUUGUUGAAGCAGAAGUAGCAAUAAAUGUGUGUACUCUGAAAGACGUUGCAGUAUGAGUGAACGGUAUUCAGAAUAUAACAGCAGGGAUAUUAGUAAAUAACUAGUCCUAACUCUUUUGUAUAGUAUAAAUGACAGGGGCUAGAGCGGAAUGCAAUGUAUACAUUUCAGAAAUGUUGACGUACAAGUCAAUCUGCUUGGGUGCAAUUUUCAGACCAGUCAAGGGGGAGGGUUGUGGAGGGGUAUUAGGGUGGCACGAGGUAGCAUGGAAUGAAAAGAAGGGUUGCAGAGGGAUAUUGGGGUGGCACGAGAUGAAAUGAAAGGUUGUGGAGUGGUAGUAGAGGAAGAAAUAUGUAUAGAGGGGUUAUAGAUCAAGAAAUAUGUAUAACUUUUGUCAGGUCAGUCUUACACCAUGAGAUCGCCGAAUUGGAUCUGAGAAUUGGUGUCCUCAUGUGUUUACAUUGGUUGAUGUGUAUUCUACAGUAUUAAUAUGUGAAUUCUGUGGGUUGACAUACAUUCUUAUUAUUAUACUGAUCCUGUUAUUAUAGAUUUCAGAGCACUGAAGGCCUUGAUGUCUACCUGCACAUACUACAGCUGAUGACUACGGUAAAUCAUGGCUUUGAAGCUAUUGGUAGGUUUUUCCUUAUAUUUUUAUAUAGAUAAUUAUGGGGUAAAUUGAUAAAAGUAAUUUUGCCCUUUCAUAAUAGAUAAACGGAUACUUGCAUUCAUUUUACUCCAUUUCAGUCCCCAGUUAUUGAAGUAAAAUAGUUUUUGUUCUUUUCUGUUUGCAAUAUCUUUAUUUUAUAUUUUUGUCUCUUCUUUCUUUUCUUUUUCCCAGUAAAACCACCUGACUGUGGACAGAGCGUCUGGGAAUUUUUGUAUGAUCUCACAAGCCAUGAACUAUGCCAACCAAAUGAUCCUCCUCUCUUAAUACAGGAGCAGAAAACCUUACUGUCUUCUCUCUUCGCAGUCAUGCAAUCGAUGUUUAGUUGCUACAAGGAUAAAGACUACCUAAAGAUCGGAAAAAGCAAGUAUUUGUUGUUGUUCUAAAUGGGACACCUUUAGAAACACCUUGUUGCCCUGUCCUGAUUUGAGUUUUUAUUAUCUCCAACAGGCUCUUUCCCUAGGAAUAUUUCUAUAAAGCUUCCUUUGAAGAAUAAUUCUCUUAAAUCAAACUUGGUGUUUGCGACUUCUAUUAUUUAUUCUAGACAAGUUACUCCAUUAUCUUAAACUCGUCCUCUACAAAUAGUCCCUCUUGAUUUAUCUUUGAAAUUGUUUCCUAAACCAUAGUUUGCAGGGCAAUUCCUAUGCACGAGUCCGUCAUAAUGUAUGAAUUUGUAAAAAACUGCAUUUUGGAAAACUGCACUGGCUGCCCACAGGGGGGCGCUGUAGUGGUGUAGAUAAUUAGCUUAUUGACCAGCACUUGGUGUAGAUUGAGUUUUACCUUAAACUUAAGUGCAGAGUCAAGUAUAUUCAAACAUUCACUGUUUGAAAUUUUAUGUGCAUUUUCUCACCCAAAAAGAAUCCAGGUUUUGGGUUCUAAAAUGUAAAGAAGCAAUGUAGUAUUAGUUUGUGAAACCAGGACAAAGCAGUUUAUUUUUUUUUUUUAUAAUUCUUUAUUUUAGUUGUGCAGGUUUAUAUCCAUAAGAAUGACAGACAUAUUGAAGUUAUCAGAAUUAGUAGAUCCGUUGGUAAAUGUGUAAAUUUGGCAACAGCACAAUUUUUGUAAAUUAGAACAAGAGAAGAUAGACAAGAGUGAGAUGCUGAGCAAUAAGCUUAGUUGAGUAGUUGCAGGAACGUUAAAGAUUAUAUCUAAGCAUUUAGAACAUAUUGGGCUAAGAACUUGGAUCUUCUCAGCAUGUUGUAAUUCCGCCCCAGGGACCCCAUGCUCGAGGUACGGGAAACCUCACAUCAAUAACAAAAGGUAGACUGUAUUGAAAUCUGGACUGAUUAAGUAAAGAUAAAUCAUAUGAGGAAUAUACAUGAGAGAUAAAAAUGCAAACUUUGAGGGCACAAACAGUAUCAAGAUUCUCACUUCAUCCGAUUCUCUCCAAUGGCGCUGGACAGUCCGUUCGUGGGUGGGCUGCCCGUGUGCACCUGAACACCCUUGUCAGCAGGGUUUGUAGACAGGCUGUGUGGUCAUGUCCGUGUGUGGCCGGCAGGGGUCUUUCCUUCUGUGUGAGAUUCUUCUGGGCUUUUGCCCGAGCAAAGCAGCACGGACCAUGACCAACAGGCUUGUAGCUUCUGUAGUACCAUCCGUCUCGGUUAAUCGCGGGCCCCUUUAUCUGUAGAAGUUGGCAAUUCCCGACAUUUUCUGGGAGGUGAAUACUGUAGAGGUUGGUCUUGGGUUUCUUCCCCACUCGGCAGUUGUAGGUAGUGGGGUAUUUUGUGCCAGAUGUAAUUGAGGGUCUGAUAUAGGGUGCAAGGCUUCCCAGCCCAGUCUCCUUUGCUGUCAACGUGACAUAAGGUGCCUGCUAUUUUAGGGAGAGGGGGUCACUCAGCAAACUAGGUCAUUAGUUGCAGGAGGGCCCCUGAGGCGAGGACCGGGUUGACCUCAGGUCUGGGGGGCAACGAGGCCAGUACCACUACACUGAAGGUUCUGCUUGUAGCCGCCCAGCAGGACAGCGGGGCAGCUGCCGUCCAACCCACUCACUACCCGAGUAGGCCUCAGCCACCAUGGAGUUAUUGAACCCUUUAAGGGGCCAAAAUCUGCGAAGAAGAUGUAGCUUCGGUUCCAGCACCUCUGUGCACACAGGACUGCUUUUUCCAGGCUGUCUUUAGGCGGGUUAACCUCCUAAUUUCAGUGUAAAUGCCUAGUCUGGUAGGCAUGGUAGUCUGUGCGACCAUUCAGCAUGGCGGUCCGGCUCUGCCCCCUGGACAAGGCAGUUUCUUGUAUAGAUUGUUCAGGGACAAUACAAAAUUAUAAUCUUCAUUCUGUUGCAAAGAUAGUGGAUGGAUUCUCUCCUUUUUUUUUCUGUUUUCUUCUUCAGUAAUUUGCAGAUACACAGCCUCUUGUUCCUCUGUCUGACCAGCACAAUAUCUUGUCAAGUUAUUUCCUAUAAGGUUGCACCAGGACAUGUUUUUCACUUAGAUGGAUAAUAUGUUUAAUAUGCUGUAUUUUUAUUUAUUUAUUUAUUUAUUUUUAAUUCCCUGACCCCUGCAAAGAGCUAUUUAGGAAACAAGCUACUUUUAAUAAUUUUAGAUUAUUCAUUUUUUUUUUCCCUCCACUAACUUUACUUAUUUUUAAUUCCAUUAUAGAUCUGCCAUUGAUUAGUCGUGUGAUGCAAGUACUGGACCACGUACAAGUUUAUGAUGAUAAUUUAUUUGAUCAGUACACAAAGAAGAAGUCAGACUACGAUGCUACUAAUCAAGCCCUUGAGAAGGAUGUGCCAUUCAGUAUACUUAAAGAUGUUUGCUUGGAAUUCCUCACACAAAUGCUGUUCGCACUAACUAAGGUGACCAUGGCACGUAAUUUGAUCAAAGUAAAAUUGCUUUUCCUCCCCCAAAAGUGUGUGUGUGUGUGUGUGUGUGUGUAUAUAUAUAUAUAUAUAUAUACACACAGUGCUUUAUUAUAUCAUAAUGUAAAGAAAACCCCACUUUUCUAGAGUGUUCAAGUCCAUUCUUUCUGAGUAAAAUGGAAUACUGAGUAGGGGUGUGCCGAUACAGCUGUUUAUAGGAUCUAUUGUCCUUGAAAAUAACAGGAGUGUCAGACUCUUCCUAAAUUAGUGCUUGCUGCAAAUGCUGAAUAUCCAAAAUAUUUUUAGUUUAGAUAUAUCAAAUAUUGACUGAUUAUCGAUAUAAUUCCGAAACAUUGGGAUCAUGGGGUUUAAAAUCUCUUCUAAGUCAAUUUGCUUUUCUAUGUUUGGUGAAUGUUGCCACUUUUUAAAAUAUUUUUUUUAUUAAACCCCAGGUAUUUAUGUAUUUAUUUUUUUAAUGUAUUUGUGGCGGACCACCUGGUACCCCAACAGAGUACCUCCGCCAAGCACACUGCCUAGCUAUCGCCGGGACACCAUAAGCACUUUCAGCCCUCUAGUGGCCGCUACUUGGCUGGGUUCUCGCUGGCUCUUUCCACCCGGGAUCCAGUUCCCAGUGCUCAUCCAAAGAGUAUAGUAGUAAUUAUCACCACCAUCGCAUAUCCCACACACAUGAGCCGUGACUGAAUGCUUGGAAGUCAUCUGUUUAAUGCAGGCACAGUCACAGAAUUUAUACAAACCGUAAAUUCCUCCCCUGUGCCUGAGAGAUCAUUGAGUCAGGAGCUGUACAAACUCAAUUAUCUCAAAGUACCAAAAAACCGUACACAAUUUGAAAACGCCCCAAAAAUCCAUGGAAACCCCACAAGAGUCAUAUCCUCAGAUAGCCCCGAUCUGAGGGACCAACAUAUCCAAAAAUUGCUCCGAUUGGUUCAGUGGUUCGGAUUAGUGUGGUAGGGAAACCACACAAACAAAGUCUUCUAACAGGUCUUUUACAUGGCCCGUAGUCCUUGGGCAAGAGGCUAGCCUGCAGGCUCCAUCAAGAGCUUGUGGCAGAGGCACCUUUGCAACAGUAUUUUCUUGCAAUGUUUUUAGUGUUGCAUGCAAACUUCAGCAGGACAUAAGUUGCAAUGGCCUUCAACAUAGACCCGUGUAACGGAUUCUAUAACUGCACCUGCUUUUAUAAAUGGACUGCCUUAAUAAUGCACUAUGGCUGUCUACAUUCUUCAAGUUGUAAAGGAGAACCUGCACUUAUAAUCUAAUAAAAAGGAAUUUGUGGGCCACACUCAAAAGUGUAGCAUACAAAUUUUGGUGUUCAAAAAGUAAUGGGUAUAACACUUAAAAAGUAAAAUCUGUAACUUUAAUGUAUGACUGACUGACUGGUUUUCAAACGUUGUGAUCCCAUAUGCCUGUCUCCUAAUUGUGUGCAUCUUUCUUGUCUGUUGAUAUUUCCCAUUCUGAAGACAUCCUCUGGUAUUUUCUCUAAAUACGUUUUUGUGCCAUAACCAUGUAUGUAACUUUUUUAUCAAUUUUCAGGAUGAUAUAAAGGAGUGUUUCCAACAAGGCUAUCUCAAUGAGCAUAUAUGCCGUAAGGCACUGGGGCAUGUACUACCCAUGUAUCGAUCUUAUGUAAGUAUUGAAGGCCAUCUGUGGUCACAAUGUUAAACUGUAUUGGCCAGAGCCAUUGUGACCUCCCCCUGGUUUUACUGAGCGCAAUGUGGAUUAUAAUCUGUUAAUCUUUGGACUGGCUAACUGAUGAUUUCCUGAUGUCUUUCUUAUCUAAAUAUACCGGACGUUCUGUACUUCAUUGUGAAAAUGUCUUCUAGAUGGAGCCAGUAAUGCAUGGGAAAUGCUUGCUUUUCCGAAAUUUUUUUUUUUUGUUUUUUUGUAGUAAAGGGUGUAGAACUUUAUUUAACUAGUUAUGGGCCUAGCAUGAUAUCAUCUGCAAAGAGUCUUAUUAAAGGCACUGAUACACAAAAUAAAUAGGGAUAAUAAGGUCUAUCCUGGUGCUAUCUGAAUUUUGUCUAGAAAAGAACACACACAUGGGGCUCACUAUGCCACAUUUAACACAUUGUCUGAGGACUGAUCAUUGUAAAUUCAGAAUGUUCUACCCACUUGUGCCAGGAAAACACACACGUCACGCUGUACCCAUAUCAUCAAACCCUGGCUAUGAUUCAAACAAAAACAGUGAUGGCAGUUAGAACAUUUUAUUUAUUAAAUAUGUAUGUAUGCACCAGAACCAUUGCAGCUCGGUAUACUAGUUAUGGUGCGGUGUGUCUUGACCUUGGACAGCUGUGGGAGCAUAGAGUGCUCCUUUUAUUGUCUGUGUCUGAUGUUUGUUUCUUGAACCUGAAUUGUAUGUUUUAGGUGUAUUGAGCAUUUUCUGUGAUUAAUUACAUUUUCUAUAUUUAAAGGGACAAAACCAGCAGAUUUUCACCAGGUGUAUGGACACUAAACUUUUUUUUUUUCUAUUUAUCUAUUUACAUAUUAUAAUACUGUGUCUGCAACACUGAUGUAAUUGUUUUGAGAAUUCUUUGUGACUUCCAAGCGGAGUAUUUUCAGUAUUACCAUAACUACUCAGCACGUACGACUAUCCACCCCUUAAUUUUUCUUUAGAAUGACCAGCUCUCUGUAAAUCAUGGUCAGAAGGUCUGUGGUUAAUAGGGUGGCUGUAUUUUGGGUAGGGUAACCACAGUAGCACUUGAAGUAGAUGCAAUUACUUUCUAUAUCAUCAAAUUAUAGUAAACUAUUUUUUUUAUUUUUUUAUUUUCUUUAUAUAUAAACAAGCAUAAUCAUAUGGAUCUGGUACCUUGCUUAUUAGGCGUUCUUUCCCUGCUGAGAAUAGGGUUCGUACAAGAGAAGGCCUCUUUGACCUAUAUUCUUUUGUAGCAUUUUUAAAGUGAAGCAGCAGACUGACAAAUAAUCAAUUUCUCCUCUUUUGCUGAGGUCACCUUCUUAAAACGUUAUUCAACUUGUGUAAAUAUAUAGGACACAGAGCAUCAUGUGGAAUAUACUUUUUUUAUAUUGGUUUGCAACUUUUUUUAAAAAAAAUAUAUGGUGUGCUCCCUUUUGACAAUAAGAAAAAAAUAUAUAUAUCUAUCUUUUUUUAUUUAUUUUUAUUUUUUUUACCACCUACUUUCUUGUUUUUGCAGAUCAGUGAUUUCCUUACAGUCCUGAGUGAAGUUGAUCAGAACUUGUCGAACAUGCUCCAGAAACUGAUGCCACCGCCUAGACGUUAGUGGCAUACCAGCUUUAUUCCAUUACCCGCAAGCCACGGCAUCUUCCAUCCCGCCUCGGUGCUGUUCUACUUUUCAGUUUUGGUUGACUUUUGGGAUUUUUAUUUAUUCGUCUAGUUUUUCGCUUCUAGAUACUUAAACAAAACCCGUGAAAUCUGCCACUAGAAAAGAAACGGACAAAAACAUGCUCCUUUUUAUAGGGCACAAGGACCAUUCCAGUGGAAUCAUUGCAUCAGAUGCAAGGCCCUACAGCAGUAUUCACUCUGAUUGUAGUCUGAUUCUCAACCUUUACACAAGGUUUUUAAGCAAAAUGUGACAUGAUGCUUAGACUGCCCCAUAUACAGGACAAUAACGCUAGGAUACAUUUAAAGCAGAUACAUUGAAGCACAUACCUAAUUGCCACUGCAACACUCGUUUGAAAAAACUGUGGCAAUAGCUUAAACUUCGUUUGGAAAGACGCACAGAAAAACACUGAAUUACUAAAUCUGUCUGGGUUCCUUUUUGUAUCUUAUUUUGAAAAGAAUAUAGUUUUUGUAUGUCUACGAUGACUCUUGUCUGACUGUGUGACUUCUUUUUUAAAAUUAAAAUAAGAUUUACAAAAUAUGUAUGACUGAGCUCCUGUACUCAGAGUACCUAGGACAAGCCCGCUUCCUCGCCGCCAUAGGGGGACAAACUACGCAAACUCUUCCACCCAACCAGGCUGCAGCUCUAUUCUCCCAGGCAGACAUCGUCCCCUCUGCCUGUAAUGUAAUUAGCUCUUGCCUUUACAAUGGCUCUCAGGCCUAUCUUUUUUUAAUUUUAAUUUUUUAAAUUUUUUUAUUUAUUGUGCAAAAAUUAACAUACAUGCAUGAAAUGCCACAACCGCAUUAGCAAUUUUAGUAAAACAGAAUUAAACAUGUGUGCCAUUUGAGAUAGCUGCACUUUAUGCGUUUUAUGUGACAAGAGUAAUACAUAUUUUAAGUGUAACCUAAGUGUGUUCUAAAUAAUGAGUAGUCAACUCGUUAAGUGUAAGUGGUUCAUAAGUGGGUAUGCAAGUUAAGUC